UGACUCCAGCAAACCCAACUUCUUCAUAACUCUCGUCUACCUAACCAAAUCAACGGCCAAGAUCCUCUUUCCCUCAUAACAUCAAAUUCUAGCCUCACGAUUACGUUACUCUUCCCCAACCCUUUCUCUUUCAUCACUCUUCUUUCUCUCUCCUUCACCCAAACGGCAAAACCGUCAUUGCCACCACCGUGUUCCCGUUGCCGAAGUCACAUCCUCCACCCUCUCCGUGUCUCCUUCCUCGACAACCUUAAAAAAAUGAUUCUUGACAAAUAUGACAUUGAGGAAACUCAUUAUGAGGUUCUCAAUAUUAAGGAAGAUGCAGACUAUGAAGAAAUUCGAGCUAGUUACCGAAGUGCUGUACUCAGUUUACAUCCUGAUAAGCUUUUGAAAACAUUCGAUACAUCCGGCAGUAAUCAAACAAGUUCAGAGAGAUUUCUCAGAGUUCAAAAGGCAUGGGAAAUUCUAAGCAAUUCAAGCUCUCGAUUACUUUAUGAUAAGCAGCUACAAAGUUCAAGGCGGGAUGUCUUGGCUGCUGAGGUUGCAGAAGAUUUAAGCUUACAUGAUAUGGAAGCUGAAGACGCCGAUGAAUCAUUAGAACUGUUUUAUCAGUGCCGGUGUGGUGAUUACUUCUCUGUCGACUCGUUGGAAUUGCUAAAAAUGGGGUAUUCUUUGUUGAGAGAUGGAAGCAAUAUAUCUAUACUCAAUAGUGAUACUUUACCGGGAUCGGUGAUUCUUCCUUGUGGAUCUUGUUCGUUAAAAGCUCGUCUAAUACUCAGUGUGGAUAACCAUUGAAAAUUAUCGACAUUUUUUGUAUAUGUAUGGAUAACCAAUGAAAUUAUUGGCAAAUUUUGAAACAUUCACUUGCAUCUUUUUGAUGAAACAUGCUAACUGCUAAGUCAUGGUUUUGUGCACAUCCUUAAUUUGUGUAGGGUUAAGGUAUGUUUUUCAAAAGAUUGGCAGGCUGAAUUUCUUUCAAUUUAAUCAAUAAUUGAAUUAUUCAAUAAAGAAUUAUUGUAGGAUUUAUUUAAAGAAUAUAAACACAAUUUGUAAAUUUUAUAGAGAUUGAAAAUAUAUUCAACCCAUAAUUUUAUCAUUUAAAAAAGAAUUAUGGUAAAAGGUCCAAAAUAACACUAGAAGAUAAAAGUAA